AUGAUGCGCAUCCGUAGUGAUACACAAGAAAUGAAUGGCGAGCGAUGUGAUGGGUACCAGCGGUGUAGUAUCCCGGUAAACAGCGAGGAACUCGGUGAUCCAUGUCCGGAUACUGAAAAAUACCUGGAACUUCAGUACGAAUGCAACGAGAAAAUACCUGCAGCGACAACGACAACAACUACGUCAACCCUACCUACGACAACAACAGCACGGAAUUUGACAGCGUUUUCAAUCAUUGCAAUGCCAGCAGCAGCAUCUUCUACCUCAUCAGCUGCCACGUGA